CCGGCCGACCGACGCCCGCGGUGGCGGAAGCAGGAACAAGCCCAGCAACCAGCAGCCCGCAGCCGGACCCGCUCGGAGCUCCGCCACCCCCGGGACCGCGGCUCCCCGGGCCACCCAGCGAAAUAGUCCAACAUCUGCACAAUUGUCCAGAAGCAAAACAAGGUGUGGAUGAGGAUUGUCUUUACCUGUGACCACAAAAUGGUACUUCCAAUAUUACUCAGAGGAGGCUGCAGCCGAACAUAUACCAUUGUCUUGGUUGGUUUCCUAGCUCUGAGGCUUUCCGCCAGCCUGCACUGCCCCACCAAGAGCUUGGAGAAUAUGGUCAUCGACAUCCAGUCCUCACUGUCCAGGGGGAUCCGGGGCAAUGAGCCCACACACACCCCAACGCAACAAGAUUGCAUCAAUUCUUGCUGUUCGGCCAAAAACAUCUCAGGGGACAAAGCCUGUAACUUGAUGAUCUUCGACACCCGGAAAACCAUCUACCAACCCAACUGCUACCUGUUUUUCUGUCCCAGUGAGGAAGCCUGUCCACUAAAGCCAGCAAAGGGACUUAUGACUUACAGGAUAAUUGAAGGUCCACUCAGUAUGACCCAGAGAAAACACCGCACCCCAAUGGCUAACAGCAAGGCUGGAAUGAACAGCAGAGACGCCAUCUUCUUUGGCUUGCAACUGAGUUGUCGACGUCCAGCCUACGUUCCAGGAAGUCCCCUCCUCAACCCUGACCCCGAGAGGAUCCUUGAAGAUCUGAUGGAUACACCCAUUCCCCCAGGAUCUGAUGGGGACACUCAUUCCCCAACUUCACACUUUUCCUCAGAACAAAAAGCAGCUCCACUGGUGCUUGAAAAUGGCACCACACUCUCCUCGCCCACAGCCACAGCUAUUCUGAGGUUUCCCAUCUCUACCACUCAGCAGCCUGCGGCUUCAGGGACACCUUCUAUGACUCAGCCACAGGUGGUGACCAGAGCUAGGCUUGUGACCACAGACCCUCCUGAGUCUCUCACAGGCCUCUUGGCCACUCUUUGGGGAGAAUCUGUGACUUCACACUUAGUCAGCACGACCAUGAUGACCACAACCACAACCACAACUACAGCAAUAGCAAAGACAACGACAACAGUUCCAUCAACCUCCUCUCAAACAGCCACAGGUUUGAAGGGCACCCCCCAAACAGUGCCCUUUCGAGAAACUUCCAGCUUAACUCUAAAAAUAGGUGUAUCCCACAAGCCUGUGACUCUUCCUUCAUCCAGUCUUGACUCUGCCCUUGUGAACAAAACCACUUCUCAGGAAACUGAUCACCAGUUGGCUGCUUUUUUCCUAAACAGGCUCCUAUUGGAAAAGUGUCUUCUUAUAAGCAGCCUGAUCUUUGGGGUUCUCUUCCUGGCCAUAGGCCUCUUCCUCAUGGGGAGAAAGUUCUUAGAAUCCCUCCACCGGAAACGCUAUUCAAGACUUGACUACUUGAUCAAUGGCAUCUAUGUGGACAUCUAAGUGUCUCUGGAUGGCUCCAGAUUCACUUAGCCCCUAGCACCCAACCACCUAGUUCCAGCUGCCUACUGACUAUUAUGAGUUCAACUUUUAAAACAUUCGGGAAAUAUGCCAAGUGAGUUCCCCUAUCAGUGAUCUGCCUCAGGAAAAUAGUAUGGAAAUAAAAUCUGCAGAAAACAAAACUCUCUGGACUAAUCAAGGUGUAUUGCCAUUGUAAAUUGGAA